AUGAAAAAGAAAAGUUUUUCAAUAAAAUUGUUUGUUUCUGAAAUUAAAAACAUUUUAAAUGGACAACAAUUAAUUUCUCAUUUAAAUCAACAACAACAUGGGGUUGGGAAGUUGUACAAAAAGAGUCAGAAUAUUUUACGUUGUGGCAUUUUUAUUGAAUUUGUCAAUUCUUCCGAAUUUUUACUCUGUGCACAAAAUGAACAAGAUUCUGCUGAUUGGUUUGAGGCAUUAAAUUGUUUAUGUUGGCCACAAAAAUCGUUGCAAAACAAUAUUAAUAUUAAAAAAGAGGUUGAUCAAUUAUUAAAUUUACAAAUAAAUAUUCGUUUAAUGGAUGUACCCAAAUUAGAAGAAAAAUUAAAAAUACCACAACUUCCAACAGAUUUUGAUUGGAUUUCUACUUAAUAUUUAAUUUUUAAUUUUUUUAAAAUUAAAAAAAAUUUUUCCCUCAAUUUUUUUUCUAUUUAUUUAUUUAAUAUAGCUAUUUAAUAUUCACCCAAAAAUUGUUUUGAUUUACUUUUAGCUUCUCGUGAAUAAUUUAAAAAUAAAAAGAGAAGAAUUUCCGCUUUUUAAAUUGAAAUUUUUGGUUGGUAUUUAGAGAAAGUAAAGUUAUUGAAAUAAAAAAUAAAUAAAAAUGGGUAGGAUUGAAUUUCUAAAGUUUUUGGAGAAUAAUUUUGGAGAGACUCAAAUGGACCCAAAAUGUUUGUUUGUUUUGUUUGAAAUGUUUUGUUUGUUUUAUU